AUGACUGCUUUCAAAGGAAUAUGGACGAGGCAGUUCUGGACCUCCAUGGCUGGAGAGUUCCUGGCUGUUUUCCUUUUUCUGGUAGUAAGCCUAGGAUCAACAGCAGGGAUGGAUAUUCCUGGACCCAGCAAUACUCACAUUGCCUUCUGCUUUGGACUGAGCAUUGCCAUACUGAUCCAUUGCUUCGGACAUAUAUGUGAAGCCUUCUUGAACCCUGCUGUGGCAAUGGCUAUGAUAUGUACUAGGAAGAUAUCAGUGGCCAAGGGACUAUUCUACAUCGUUACACAAUGUUUGGCUGCUAUAGCUGCAGCUGGAGUGGUCGCCCUUAUUACGUCAGAAGACAAAUGGCCGGUUGGAAUCACCAAGGAACAUGACUCGGUCACACACGGACAGGCCCUACUUGUGGAAACUCUCAUCACUUUCCAGUUGGUCUUCACAAUUUUCGCUUCAUGUGAUAAGAAAAGAACUGACAUCAAAGUCCCCAUUCCCCUCAUCAUUGGUCUUUCUGUUACCAUUGGACACCUCUUUGCAAUUCAGUACACAGGUGCCAGCAUGAACCCAGCAAGAUCAUUGGGAACCAGUGUUGUAUUUAAUCAAUGGCAAAAUCAUUGGAUUUAUUGGAUUGGUCCAAUGAUGGGCAGCAUCCUGGCCAGUUUUAUCUAUGAGUACGUGUUCUGCCCAGAUCCUGAGGCAAAACAAAGACUUCAGGCUACUUUCAGAAGAACACAGAAUGAAGAUGAAUCUGUUCAAUUGGCGGUCAACUCGGGAGGAGAAUACAACAAACUGGAGGCAACAGCGUAACACUGUGUUUCAGCUCCUGAUUGGCUAAUAAAGGGGGUGUUGUAGUUAAAGGGACACCGUCAUUAAAUAAAGGACACACAUAUCUUACUGCAGACAACCUGGCUCUGAUUGAGGCUUUCCUGUAUACUGUAUGCAUGUCAGUUCCCCAAAAACGUGUUGUUAUUGUUAUAUAUUCAUUGUAUAUAUAUAUACAGUAUCUCUACAUCUGACAGCUAAAUGUCAGCUCAGCUUUCCACCUGCAUAUUACUCCAUAAUUGCCUGGGGUAAAUGCUCACUUCAGAGCAGCCAUAAAACAAUCAGAAGACAGGCCUGGUGUUUAUUUCUGAUUAUAGCUGUCUGAAGUGUAAUAUAGCGGAUGUAGUUAAAAUGACUCGCCAUACUUUGACUUCUGCUGGUUAUGCUUUUGAUGAAUCUGAUACUGCGGUGUGCAUGGACAGGAUAGUUCUGUGAUCCCGAUAUAAUUAUUACUGGGAAUAUUUGUAAAGUUGUUUGGAAGAUGGCCGCUGAUGGCCCCUAAUAAGCUUGUACCUGCAGUCAUCUUUCACACACACUGACAGUUCUCAUCCACAUUUGCCAGCUGUGAGUUUGUCCAAAUUGUUCAUAAUCCUAUCACCCAGCUCUCAGCCCAGCACUAUUAAUGACCUGUGGUCAAUGAAAGUCUAUCAUCUCUCUCUCCGUCCCUAUCUAUAUAUAUAUAUAU